GUGUGUGUGUGUGUGUGUGUGUGUGUGUGUGUGCGUGCGCACCCCUUGCCCUCCUUGUCCCACCCACCAUCACGCCCCCCAGUCCACCAUGCUGUGGACUGUUCCCCUAGCUCUGCUGGUUCUCCUCCUACUGCAGACCCAGCUAUGUGUCUGUCUACGGGGGCUCCGAGCAGCCGGCUCUUCCUCCUCUCGCUCUCGUAAUGCCACCCAGCAGGGCCUACCUGGAGCCAUCAUCAUCGGCGUGCGUAAAGGUGGCACCAGGGCCCUUCUAGAGAUGCUCAACCUCCAUCCGGACGUAGAGGUUGCCAAAGCUGAGGUGCACUACUUCAACGUGGAAGAGCACUUCCGGCGGGGUCUAGCGUGGUACCGUGCCCAGAUGCCCUUCACCCUGCCUGGACAGCUGACGGUGGAGAAGACCCCUGGAUACUUUGCCUGUCCCCAGGUCCCAGUGCGGGUCUGGGAGAUGAAUCCUGCUGUACGACUACUGCUGAUAGUCCGCGACCCCGCCGAGCGCCUCGUCUCCGACUAUACCCAGGUCCUUCAUAACCGUGUGACCCGCAACAAGCCCUACCAGCCUCUAGAGGAGUUGCUGCUCCGGCAGGGCCACAUCGACCCGGCCUACAAGGCUCUGCAGAGGAGCCUGUACCACCAGCACCUGGCCCGCUGGCUGGAUGUGUUCCCCAGGGAGCAGGUCCAUGUGGUGGAUGGAGAGGCCCUCAUCAGACACCCCUUCCCGGAGCUCCGCAGGGCCGAGAGAUUCCUGGACCUUCCCCCGCGCAUUGCUCCCUCCAACUUCUACUUCAACACCACUAAAGGGUUCUACUGCCUCCUCUCUGCCGGGGGACAUGACAAGUGUCUGGAUGAGUCCAAGGGGAGGCCCCACGCUCCUCUCAGCUCACAGGCCUUCAGGAAGCUGUGUGGAUACUUCAGAGAACCCAACAGGCUGUUCUUUGAGAUGGUGGGGCGCUCCUUCAGCUGGUGUUGAACUGAUUGGGACAGAGCYCAGAGAGAGGAGAUAGAGAGGGGACAUUGGAGAUAUUGGCCCGUAAUAACAAUAUUUGUCCAAAAUGUUACCUUAUUAUCAGUGUGAUAAUUCUGUCGGCUUGCUUGGUUGAUUGAUGGURCUGUGAGGCUCAGUUGGUAGAGCAUGAUGSUUWCAAUGCCAAGAUUGUGGGUUCAAMUCCCACUGGGGUCUGGUAUGGGAAGAGAAUGUAUGCACUCACAACUGUGGAUAAGAGUAUCUGCUAUAUGACUAAAAAUGAUUGGUUGGAUGUGUUUAUUGAUGGGUGAGUGGGUGGAUUAAUCAGUUUAGGGUAGAUGAGAGAUGUGAGGACUACUGCUGCACACAUAGGACUUUAGAGAUCUCUAUGUUUUAAAUGUACUGCUCAAUGAGCUUCUCCAAGCCAGGCUGAAACCCUGGGAGUAAGCAGCAUCCAAAGCAAAGACUGUAUAAGAUGACAAGCCCUCAAUGAGGGACACACAGAAUUACAUGAUGUGUAUAUUCAAUAUGGCUGCUCCACCCAUCACAGAUUAGAACCAUGACUUGAAUGCGAGACCAUUCUAGUGAUUCAAUGUUUAUGCUACGACCUGCUGGAGAACAUGAACUGAAGUGGCCGUUCUGUGAUACUGUAUACCUGGUGGUCCUAAUACUGCCUGAUCAUCACUCCUCCUGGUGCCUGUCACGUGAGCCUUUGCUUCCAGGGCUGAACACUGUCUGAUGCACAAACUGCCAUCAAAUCAAGUGGCAGAAAGGAACUACAAUAACCUGUAUCAUGAACAAUCAGGACACAUAUAUAACUCUUGAAAUACAAAAUAG